UUCUGAUCCCACGUUUUUUCUUAACUAGCCACUAAAGAAUGGUUGUCGUGGCGCCGGAGACCAGCAACGGGCAGACGGUGUGCGUCACCGGGGCAGGCGGCUUCAUCGCGUCGUGGCUGGUGAAGCUUCUGCUGGAGAAGGGAUACACUGUGAAAGGCACUGUGAAAAAUCCAGAUGAUUCCAAGAAUGACCAUUUGAAGGCGAUGGAAGGCGCGGCGGAGCGGUUUACUCUCAGCAAGGCUGAUCUGCUUGACUACGAUGCUCUGUUAGAAGCUAUUCAUGGCUGUCACGGCGUCUUCCACAUCGCAUGUCCGGUCACCGAUGACCCUGAGCAAGUAUUGGAGCCGGCGGUGAGAGGCACGAGGAACGUGAUCAAUGCGGCGGCGGAGGCCGGCACCGUUCGCCGCUUGGUGUUCACCUCCUCGAUCGGCGCCGUCAUCAUGGACCCCCACCGUGGCCCGGAGGUGGUCGUCGACGAGCGUUGCUGGAGCGAUCUCGAGUUCUGCAAGAACACCAAGAAUUGGUACUGUUACGGGAAGACGGUGGCGGAGCAGACGGCGUGGGAGGUGGCGCGGGAGAAGGGGGUGGAGCUGUCGGUGGUCAACCCGGUGAUGGUUCUGGGCCCGCUGCUUCAGCAGCAGGUUAACGCCAGCGCGGCGCACAUCCUCAAGUACCUCGACGGCUCGGUGAGGCAUUUCGUCAACGCGGUGCAAGGUUACGUGGACGUCCGCGACGUCGCGGUGGCGCACCUCCGCAUCUUCGAAGCCGCCUCCUCUUCCGCCGCCGGAAAGCGGUUCAUCUGCGCCGAACGCAUCCUCCACCGCGAGGACGUCGUCCGCGCCCUCACCAAGCUCUUCCCUGAGUACCCCGUCCCAAACAAAUGCUCUGAUGAGAUUAAUCCACGAAAGAAGCCCUAUAACUUCUCAAAUCAGCCCCUGAAACAGCUCGGUGUGGAGUUCAGGCCAGUGAGGCAGAGCUUGUAUGAAACUGUCAAGAGCCUGCAAGAGAAGGGUCAUCUCCCUGUCACUAAGCAUCAUGGCCGGCUCUAAGACACAUCACCGGGGCCUACGGCUAAGGGCUUUGAAUUUUUA